CACUUGAUUCUACCUCAGAAACAAAACGAGCGACUAAAAAACCGGAAUAGUACAAAGUUUCUAUCGAUAAACGAGCUAAUCGAGUUCCAUUUGAAUAUUAAUUACUUUUUUCAGUCAGUUCGUAACUAGAAAUCGUCCAAAACGCAGUCGUUAAAUUAUAAAAGAAUGUCCGUGCAAUCGCUUGCAAAGCCGAUUUUGUACAGCUACUGGAGGAGUUCCUGUAGCUGGAGGGUUCGCAUUGCUCUGAAUCUGAAGGAAAUUCCUUACGAUAUCAAGCCAAUUUCGCUCAUCAAGUCCGGAGGAGAGCAACAUUGCAAUGAAUAUCGCGAAGUAAAUCCGAUGGAACAAGUUCCGGCACUGCAAAUUGACGGUCAUACGCUCAUCGAGUCGCUCAGCAUCAUGUAUUACUUGGAGGAAACACGCCCAAGUCGUCCACUUUUGCCGCAAGACGUCAUUAAGCGUGCCAAGACACGCGAAAUUUGCGAAGUAAUCACGUCGGGCAUUCAACCGCUGCAAAAUUUAAUUGUCCUCAUCCACGUUGGCGAGGAAAAGAAGAAGGAAUGGGCGCAACAUUGGAUUACUCGAGGUUUUCGUGCGGUAGAAAAAUUAUUAUCUACCUCUGCUGGCAAAUUCUGCGUCGGGGACGACAUCACGUUGGCUGAUUGUUGUCUCAUUCCGCAAGUUUUCAACGCAAGACGAUUUCACGUAGACUUGAGACCGUUUCCGACAAUUUUGCGUAUCGAUCGCGAAUUGGAAGGACAUCCAGCAUUCCGGGCAGCUCAUCCAAGCUCCCAACCAGAUUGCCCUCCGGAAGCUGCAAAGUAAAAAAAAAAUCAAUUGAAAGAGCAACGAAGCUCGGUAUUUUACGUGUUUUUUGUGUGUUGUGCCAUUUUUAAUGUAAGAAUUUCAAUCGUUACCGAAAGAGACCUCUUUGUCGCAUCGAAGGUCAUUGAUAUUAAUUAGUAAUCUCCGUACGUGUGAAUUUAGUCACGAAUUAUUUUAUGACUUUAUUCAACCUCUAAUGAAUGAAAAAUUCUUUAAAAAUUCUUCUAAAUGGGUGAUUGUGGUUUCUAAAAUCUAAAAAUUAUUUACCAAAACCUUUCAAAAGGGUACCAAAGCAGGAAAAUUCUAUUAAAAUAAAAAAUAUUAUAAAAAAAAUUAGCAUUUUAUAAACAAAGUUAUUGAAUUUCUCAGGAAAAAUUACAAAUUUACACAUCGAAAGAUAUUUUACUCU